CUCUGGAAUAAUGCAGUGUAGUGUUUAUCUAUCUUUUAUUGUUUAAAUUCAAUUUCUAUUUAUUUUGGUUUAAGUUUCGUUUCGAUUUUAAACGUAAUUUCUUCAUAAUUUAAUCACAAAUACUUUAAAUGUAUCAAUAAAAGUGUUAACCUCAGAAUCUAUUCCAAACUUUUACCUAUUUCAAUCGAUUGGUAAUCAUCGAAAUUUAUUGUGAAAAAUCACAUUUAUCCCCAUAAAAAAUGGGUGGGAAGGCCGAGAAAGGCACACCUAAAUACAUAGCGAACAAGAUAAAAGCGAAAGGCCUACAGAAACUCCGGUGGUACUGCCAGAUGUGUCAGAAGCAAUGUCGAGACGAGAACGGCUUCAAAUGCCACACCAUGUCUGAAUCUCACCAACGCCAGUUGUUAUUAUUCGCCGAUAACGCCACAAAAUACAUCGAUGAGUUCUCGAAGGAGUUCUCCGAUGGUUAUUUGGAGUUGCUAAAGCGUCAGUUCGGUACAAAGAGAGUGAACGCCAAUAAAGUGUAUCAGGACUAUAUUUCUAACAGGGACCACCUCCACAUGAAUGCUACUCAAUGGGAAACACUUACGGAUUUCGUUAAGUGGCUCGGACGGGAGGGCAAGUGUGUGGUAGAUGAGACGGAGAAGGGAUGGUUUGUGACCUACAUAGACCGAGAUCCGGCUGCUGUCGCUGCCAUGGAGGCCAAGGCCAAGAAGGAGAAAAUGGAUAAGGAUGAUCAGGAAAGAAUGCUAGAGUUCAUCGAGAAGCAAGUGGAAAGAGGCAAGAAGAGUAGCAACGUCAACGAGCCUGCGUACACGGAGUUCAAACGAGAGAGCAGUCAGGAACGGAUCACGCUGAGUUUGAAGAGAAAGACUGAUGACAAAAAACCAGAAUCUCUCUCAGCGUCAGCUCUAAAACUGUCCAAGACGAAAGAAGAGUCCUCCAGCAAGAAGCACAAGACAGAAGAGGGCAGGAGCAAACAGUCAGCCCUUGACGAGAUUAUGCAUAUGCAGGAGCGUGCGAAAGAGAAAGCGAAUAGAAAGGACUACUGGCUGACGGAGGGGAUCGUAGUGAAGAUUAUUACGAAGUCACUCGGCGACAAGUUCUACAAACGGAAGGCGCUCGUGGAGAAAGUGGUGGACAAGUACGCGGCCCAUGUGAAGCUGCUAGACGAAGGUGUCAAGUUGAAAUUGGAUCAGAAUCACGUGGAGACCGUGAUACCGUCGCAGGGGCGCUCGGUGCGGUUCGUGAACGGCGCGUACCGUGGCCACACGGGUCUCAUGCGGCACAUAGACACAGACAACUACUGCUGCGACGUGGAGAUAUCCGAAGGUCCCCUGACAGGACGCGUCGUGAAAGGUGUUCAGUACGAAGACAUAAGUAAAUUGGCCUCGUGACACCAUACCCAAAUACCAUGCGUACCAUGAAGAGUAACCACACAGGCGGACAAUGCUUGACAGCUGUUCAGCGGUCACAAGAUCGAAUCCCAGCUUGGCACUUCAAUUUCAGGGGAAAGGAAUUGUUAGUAAUAGAGUCUAACUAUCUGACUGCGGGGAGGGCAGCAUUGCUACCAAUGUUCUCAGUCAGGUCAACAUCCAGGUGGUCCAACUAGAGUGAGUGGUACAACUAGAGAAAUGCAAACAAGCUGACGGCCCACCUGAUGGAAAGUGGUAACCGUCGCCUAUAAACAUGAGCAUUACCAUGCACAUAACAGAGUACACUGUUUAGCCCAUGAUACCCCCUAUGCGUUGCCAUUCCUGAGGACUCGGGUGUUAUUCCUCUGUGCCCAAUAAAUUCACGCCAUAUUCCACCCUUCAAACUGAAACACAGCCAUGCAAACACAACUGCUUCACGGUUGAAACACGAAUGCGACAGAGGUGGCCAAGCAAACGACUUUUGUACAAAGUCUCCCUCUGGUAAAUAUAUGUUGUAUAAAAAUACUAGCAAAUCUCCCCUUAUGGGGAAGGCUUCAAUUCAAUAUUUAUUCAAUAAUGGGCAGUUAACAGUUUACAUGGUAUAUAUAAAUACAGGUUCAUCAUCGUCAUCAUAACAGCGUUUAACUGUCCACUGCUGGGGGGGAAGGGAUUGUUAGUAAUGGAGACUGAGAAUCCCAUUGCUAGCAAUAUACCCAACCAGGUCGACCUCCUCACGGUUCUCUCUGGAAACUAUCAUGGUUAAUUCCCGAUGAAUUCAUCAUGAUGGGCUAACUGGCCUGUUCUCAUUCUCAUCUAUCACCCUUGACUGGUGCUCCGCCAGUGUAUCCCGUUAGCGCAGGCGGGGUUACCAUACCAUUUUCACAAAUCAAAAAACUGUCCACUACUGAACAUAAGCCUCCGCCUUUGGGAGUUUUGCCAGUAGUUGUCACACUUGGUGGAUUGGCAACAACAGUUAGGCUUUAGAGAUGUUUUAAGAGGGACGCUGCUGCCCAUCUCGCUCUCCAAUAGUCGCCUCUUACGACAAUCACGAGAAAGGGUGGAAAAAUACAGGUUAAUUGUAUUGUAUUGUAAUAUCUUUAUUCUACAUAAUUUACUAAUUUGUGGCCAAUAGACAAUAAAAAAAAAAUAUUUUUAGAUUAUACAGAUAGAGUGUCUCCAUACAAAUGCUUCGAGAAAAGCGGCUCAACUUUUUCAUACAAUUUUGCGUGACAAAUAGUUAUGAGUGAUUCCUUUAUGACUUGUAUAUUUAUUUUGUCUUAUAAUUUCUGCAUCUUUUUAAUGCGUAAACACUCAUUUUAUUUAUUAAAUAAUUGAAUAUAGAUACGUCAAGAUACAUUGUGUGCGUAAGUAUAUAGAACAAUAAUAAAAAAAUUUGCUAAUUUGACAAUUAACUGACAAAAAGUUGACCCGUUUUUGAGCCUCGAUGCUCUAUGUAUAUAAUCUAAAUAUUUAAAACACAAUGGUGAACUUAUCCCAUAGAGGGAUCUCUUGCAGUCUUUUAAUAUAGGUUAAUUAAUAUGUGAUAAUUUAUUUGUGAUGUAAAUAAAAUGUAAAUUAAAAAUAUUA